AUGGAGACGAGGAGGACGCCGGAGGGCCGGCCGGCGGCGACCUCCUCCCGGUGCUCGGCCGCCUCCCCGGCCCUCUGCCUCCUGGGGCCUUGCCAGAGGAGAGGCCCGAUGGAGGCAGGCAGGCGCGCCGAGGAGGGCCCCGGCGAGGACGGCUUCUCCAGCCGGCUGCUGGAGGACGUCAAGCAGCGGCUGCGGCAGGCGUUCCAACGCGCGCGGCGCGCCUCCCCGCCCCGGCGGGCCAGACCUGUGGCGAGCAGGGGCGCGGGCGGGCGGCGCGCCGCGGCCGCGCAGGACGAGCUGCGCCGCGCGCACGUGGAGGGAGCCAUUGCGUGGCUGCGGGUGGAGCUGUUGGAAAUGAAAUCCCAGAACCGCAAGCUUGCCAAAACUCUGUUGGAUUUAAGCGUGGAAAUACAGAGGCUGAGAAAUGAAACUGACAUGUCAGCAGCUCUAGAAUCAAAGCCAAGCAUCAUGGCAAGCCCAGAAUAA